GCAAGCUCUGAUCAAUCCCAGGCAUUUUAGUGGUCUUUUUAAUGUUUUCUGCUGUGAAACGUUUCCAAGCCCCCGUGGAAAUUACUUAUGAGAGUAUGCGUUUUCUGAUCACUCACAACCCGACCAAUGCAACCCUCAGCAAGUUCAUAGAGGAGCUGAAGAAGUACGGAGUGAGAACCUUGGUGCGAGUUUGUGAUGCCACUUAUGAUCAAGCUCCUAUCGAAAAAGAAGGAAUCCAGGUUCUAGACUGGCCAUUUGAUGAUGGAGCACCACCCCCGAAUCAGAUAGUUGAUGACUGGCUAAACCUGUUGAAAACCAAAUUUCGCGAAGAGCCUGGAUGCUGUGUUGCAGUUCACUGUGUUGCAGGGUUGGGAAGGGCUCCUGUCCUGGUUGCACUUGCUCUCAUUGAAUGUGGAAUGAAGUACGAAGAUGCAGUUCAGUUUAUCAGGCAGAAAAGGAGGGGAGCUUUCAAUUCCAAACAGCUGCUUUACCUUGAGAAAUACCGACCUAAGAUGCGAUUACGCUUCAAAGAUGCCAACGGUCACUGCUGUGUUCAAUAAAAAAAAAAUCUCAAACGAAGGCAGAAGUUAGCAUGGCUGUUUUCUGGACUCUUGGCACCUGGAAAUGUGAAUCUGGAAUCAAACUACGUCAUCAAAUUAGUGGUGGAGUCAGUGCUCCUCAACCUCUGUCCU